GGUUUGUAAGGUAUCCUGGGCAUUAUCGUCCUGUAAAAGCCUCACAGCCGAUAGGGGCCCAAUAAUUGACAGGAUGGCAACGGAAGUAAGCACCAAAAGAAAAUUAGAGGAGAUACCUGUUCAUGCGAGAGGGAGUGGCAGUGGUCCUGUUGUAUUAGAUGAGGAUGAUUGGACUGAUCGCAUUGAAGCAAUCAUCGAACGGGAUUUUUUCCCGGACAUACCAAAGAUGCAGAAUAAGCUCGAGUGGCUACAGGCAGUGCGCAGCAGAGAUCCAGAGCUGCUACGGCAAGCUCAGAUGAACAUAGCUCAGCGACGGGCCGGAAUGAGAACGCCUGUAGGGGCGUCUCCAGCCACUUUUGCAACCCCUGGGCUGACCAGCCUGAGGGCUCCUGCCAGCCUUUUAAGAACGCCAGCUGCAGCCCAGACUCCAAGACUAGAUAGAGAUGGUCCUAGCAGCAGGGAGGAAGCUGCUGAAGUGGGAACAAGCUCAGAUGCUGCCCAAGCAGUGGCAGGGAUCUCCCUGGACAGGUUCAUGGCAAAGCACACCAGCGAGGAUAACGCCUCAUUCAACGAGAUCAUAGAGGAAUCGAACAAGCGACGACAUUUGCAGAAGCCCUGGCUAUUCGAAGACAAGAACCAGGCGCCUCUGCUGACAGAUGCAGACAGGGUGAAUGAUGGCUUUGGGACUGGUGGGCAGCCGCAUGACAGAUUACUGCUGUGGCCCUACAAGAACAAAAACACCAUGUACUACGAUUCCAGCCAGCAGAAGGCGGUGGCGCUAUCAGAUGCGGAGCGGGCGCAGCAAGUGCAGGGGGCACCAAAGCAGAUUAAUCGCACAGGCACGCGGUUUGUUAACACUACAGAGAGGAGCGACACACCCUCCAGCACCGUGUCCUCCACCCCAGCGGCUUUGCGCGCCGCUGCCGACAGCUACUCGGUCCUGGCGACCCCCUCGUUCACCCCUGGUGUGGAAGAUUCACCCUUCAUGACCUGGGGUGAGCUGGAGGGAACACCCCUGCGCCUGGACCCAGAGGAUGACAUCAUUUUGCAGCCUGCCAGCGGGCCGCAGUUCCGCGUCCCGGAGGCAUCCUCGAGGGACGCGCUGGCGCGGCAAAUGGGGCAGACGGCCGCCGCCAAGCUGCGCAACCGGGCCAGAGCGGCCUGCGCCGCUCGGUCACACCGGCAUGGACGCCCAGAACGGGCGUGCCUGCUGCAGCAGAGCCGCGUACUGUCACACCGAGCUCAGCUGCCAGCAAGGGCAGCUUGACAGAUGACCUGCUGAACAUCUGAAGCCCAGGAUUCAUUCAUCGCAAUAGUACUGUACCUGUUCAUGAAGGUUGGAAGGAAUCCAGUGUGUUCGAGCGAUUGUUUCAUUUAGAUUCAUUCUUGUCUCAUUCUGUAUCCUUCAUGCAGUAAUUCCUCUGAUCAUUGUGAUGCAGAAGACAGCCUGGUGAUGCCGGGUACAUAGUAAUUGUGCCUUUUUACAUAUCACCACUCUGUAAUGCUACCUCAAACUC